UUUUUCCUUUUUAUUUUCAGAGGAUGAGUAAAGCAUAAACCACACCUCCCUCUGUCGCACGCUCAUUUUCUAUCAUUCACUUGCACUUCAAGUACGUCUCCUCCCUCCCCUUCUUCUUCUUCUUCUUCUUCUUCUUCUUCGUCUUCCUCCUACUCCAUCCAUCUCCACCUCAAUCUGCCAGCUGCUCUAGCAUGCUGUACUGCAGCGAUCGAGUUGGUAUAAAUCACUGCACGCUUGCAAGCCAAGGCAUACGCACGAGCUAGUGCACAGGGGCAAGGGUAGCUAGCUAGGAGUCUAGGACGCGCCAGCAGCCUGCAGGUCGUACGCAAUGGGCGCGGCGGCGAGGAGGUGCGUGCUGCUCUUGGCGCUGCUGAUGCUCGUGGCCGCGGCGAGGACGGCGGCCGUGGGCGACGGCGACGGCGGUGGCGGUGGCAAUGGUGGCGGUGAGGCGACGGAGGAGGACCAGGUCCUGAGGCUGUGGUCGUCGUCGUUGGCGGCGGCUAGUGGUGAAGAAGCCGACGACGAAGAUCGCUUCUCCAACUGGGAGUGGGACGACGACGACGACGACGAAGAGGACAAGGAGGAGGACGACCACGUCAUGGCGGUGAUGCAGGGGAAGGGGGCGUGCAGGAACGUGGUGAACGUCGAGAGCUUCGGCGCGGCGGGCGACGGCGACGCCGACGACACCCAGGCGUUCGCGAGCGCGUGGAAGACGGCGUGCUCGCUGGACAACCCGGUGUUCCUGGUGCCCGCCGGCCGCCGCUACAAGGUCGGCGCCAUCCAGUUCCUGGGUCCCUGCAAGGACAACAGGAUGAUCAUCCAGAUCCAGGGCACGAUCGUGGCGCCGGAGGAGCCGUCGGAGUGGGACCCUCAGAGCCCCCGGCUGUGGCUUCUCUUCUCGGGGCUCGCCGGCGCGCGCAUCCAGGGCGGCGGCGUCAUCGACGGCUCCGGCUCCAAGUGGUGGGCCAACUCCUGCAAGAUCAACAAGUCCAACCCGUGCAGGGGUGCGCCGACGGCGGUGACGAUCGACUCGUGCCGUGGCGUGCGCGUGCGCGGCCUCCGCGUGCGGAACGCGCAGCAGAUGCACGUGACGGUGUCCCGGUCCCGCGGCGUGCGCGUGGGCGGGCUGCGCAUCGACGCCCCCGAGGACAGCCCCAACACGGACGGCAUCCACGUCGCCGACUCCACCGCCGUCACCAUCCAGAGCUGCCGCAUCGGCACCGGCGACGACUGCAUCUCCAUCGUCAACGGCAGCUUCGGCGUCAAGAUGAGGAACAUCGACUGCGGCCCCGGCCACGGCAUCAGCAUCGGCAGCCUGGGCAAGGGCGGCGCGUUCGCGGCGGUGGCGGACGUGGCGCUCGACGGCGCGCGGAUCCGCCGCGCGCAGAACGGGGUCCGGAUCAAGACGUGGCAGGGCGGCGCCGGCUACGUCCGCGGCGUGCGCUUCGCGAACGUGGACAUGGACGGCGUCGACCACCCCAUCGUCAUCGACCAGUUCUACUGCGACGUGCCCCCCGGUGGCGGCGACCGCAGCCGCACCUGCGCCAACCAGACCUCCGCCGUGGCCGUCUCCGACGUGUCGUACCGUAACAUCACCGGCACGUCGCGCCGCGCCGAGGCCAUCAGGUUCGCCUGCAGCGACGCCGUGCCAUGCACCGGCAUCGUGCUCAGAGACAUCAACCUGCGCCGCGAUGAUGAUGAUGGCGAGGUGCAGACCGUGUGCAACUGCGCCGUCGGGUUCGACUACGGACGCGUCCGGCCCGCCGCCGACUGCCUCCGCAGCAGCACGUGCGGCGGCGCGCCUGAUGAUCACCACGGCGACGAGGAGGAGGAGGAGGAGGAGCAGGGGAAGAGGAAGGACGAGGCCGUCGUCUUGCACACUGAGCUCUGAUAAGAAAGUAGCUGCAAAUGCUAAUGCUUGCCGAGAUCAACUUAUUGUGCGCUGGCAGCCCAAGCGGUGAGCCAUUUUGAGGCUCGGCCCAGUAUAUCCUACUCGGCCCAUAGCAUCAUUCGGGCCCGCUGUUGGACAUCGUCAGCUGUAGUGGUGGAUCGACACCAAGCUUACCGACCCCACCACAAUCUGGUGGGUGGGCCCAUAUCUUGUACUCCCUCCAUCCUAAAUAUCCCAAAUUAUAAGUCAUUUUAAGAAUCUUUUAGAGAGUCAAAG